AUGGCGUUACGGUACAGUCAUUCCCACCCUCCCUCCUACAAGUCCGUGGAUCUGAGUAGCCGCGUCGAAAUCACCGAUUCCGACUCCGAGCCCGGGUCUGAAUCAGAGCGGUCCCCGCCUGAUGCGGGAUCGGCGGUUGAUACAUUCCUUCAUGCGCACCCUCAGCCGGCCAUCAGGGUCGCCGCCCCGCCUCAACUGCCCUACCCUGUGGUGAUCCCUCAGCGGCGACCGGGCAACAAGGAAAGGGGGUUCGUCAAGGCAUAUGCGCCCGUUCUGGAGCAGUAUGGCAUCAGCCACGAUGCCUUUCUCGACUUGAUCCGCGCGUGUAAUAAGGCCAUUCAAGCAUCCAAAUGGCUCGUCGCGAUUCAGGUCGCGGCGGCGGGGACGGGCUUUAUCCCAAAUAAUAUAGCCAUAGGGGUCUCGAUGGCCGUGCAGGUAAUUGCUGGCGUGAUCGCCCAGGCGGAGAUCAAGUGGAAAACCAACUCGUUCUUGGAGCGGGUGAACAAUGAGUUCUUCCGGCCUCGCGGACUAUGCUGCCUCCUCAUGGCCUACAACCCAGUCGCAGCAGACCAAAAGGACAAGGUCGAUGAUACGCAGAUUGUAUCCAAAUCCGUUCCCCCUUCCAGUGGCCGGGGGUUUGCUGCACGAGCCAAGAGAAAUUUGCGCGACCCAGUGGCCGGAACCGCUGAGGGCGAAGAGAAUCUCCCCGCGACGGUGGCUCCGUUAGUCUAUCCGGACUAUUAUGACAAGAACCGAUCGCCAGGAGAACAGGAAAAGAAAAGAAAUAAAAUUACCCGACUGAAUGAUUACUUCGACCGACGUGCUCAGGCACGCUAUGCCACGGAGAGCAAAGAAGACGUUCUAUCCACUCCCUUCCAGCCCUUCAAGAACCGAUACCUGGACCCCAACCACCCCGCCAAUAACGGCGGCUUGCUUGGUCUCCUCUCUGGGGGGCAUCUCACCCCCAACCCGGAAAAGACCAAAGGACGCAUGCAAACUGCCCUUGCCGCACAAGAGAAGGCCGUGAGAGAACAACAGGCCUUGGGCAUGGCCCAGCUGCACCAGCAGCUACAGAUGAUGAAUCUUUCCCCGGAACGGCAACGGGACUAUGUACAAAAGUAUCAGGAUGCCUAUGACCUGCAGUUGCAGCAGAUUCAGCGGCAAGCAGAGUGGGUGGCGCAAGGGCAGCGUCGGAUUACUCAGAAUAUCCUCUACUUAAUGAUCGUCAAUAUGCCAUCCGAAGCAGAGAUGGCUGCAGCCCGCGAACAGCUCAAUGUGAAUAAUCCAAGUGAUGUGGGUCUGAUUAUUGCUGCACGUGUUCUCCUGAACGCUGGUGUUUUCCCACUGAUUGCAGCGACCUUUGGCCUUCUACUGAUCGUGUAUAUCUCUCCCGCUUACUCUCCCGGUCAUCAGCAUCGACAGGACAUUAACAAGAUUGUCAGGGUAAUCCGAGACUUUCAAGGCGACAAGAAGAUCCGCAAUGCCUUCAUCUUUCUCCGAGUGCUCUUUAUCACGGGAAUCGCCCUCGUAAUUGCCGGUGGCUCCCUUGAGGGAAAUUACUGGGAUCCUCACGAUGUAUCCUUGGGAUUUAAACUAACGAAGGCGGGGUACAUCCUUGUCACCAUCUUCGAAGCGGGUCUGAUAUACUUUCAGUGGUAUUGUUGGAGGAAACGCGAGAGCAUAUCGUCUGCUAGCUGCACGGCACUUCAGGGAAUGUUUGCUGCGAUCCCUUUCCUCGUCGUCCGAAUUGCCUACUUGUAUCUUCCCGUGUUCCGGGCGUCCGAUCCGAAGUGGAACCAGCUGACCGGAUCGAUUGCGCCGUAUGUGGUUAUGGGGCUGUUAAUGGAAUACAUUGUGUUUAUGAUUUUCCUGGCGACAGGAUUUUUGAUCCCACCUAUCAAAGUGGUCAAUGCGUGA